CAAGAUGGCGUCCGUGCAGUCGUAAAAUCUCUGUCUCUCACUAACCUUUGUGCAAAUCUUGAUUUUUUUCUCUUCCCUGAUGGUGAAAGGGUAACUAAUGCAAAUGUUUUGAUAUUUGGAAUGACUCUGUAACUUUUUUGAAGUUAAACGGAAGUGAAUCUAGCCUUACUGCUAAAUGGAUGAAGGAACAGGAGAUAAUGUGAAGCGUGUACACGACUAUAUUAAUCCCGUAACUGGAGAAGAUAUGGAUUCCCAGCAUUUACUGGAGUCGCCGACUAAAAGUCCCUUACCGAAAAUGAGACGACACUCGUCCGAACCUUCAAAUGUGGUAAUUCUGGAGGCAAUCGAGAGGCUGGGGAAAAAGCAAGAUGUGUUUAUGGAGAAGUUACUAGAAAUUGAAAGGUCUGUUGCUUCCAACUCUAUUCUAAUAUCUGAUCUUAACACUAAAGUUGAUCUAGCUUCUGAAAAAGCUGAGGGAGUGAUGAUCAAAACAGAUAAACUGGACUCACAGUUAGCGGCAAUGAAAGCGGAAAAUAAGCAAUUGUGGGAAAGAGUUGACGAGCUGGAUGAGUAUAAAAGACGCUGGAAUCUCAAAAUAACGGGGAUUUCGGAAGAGGCUGGGGAAAACGUGAAGAUGAUCGCAAUGGAAGUUUUCUCUCAGGUGUCCCCAGGUUUGAGAGAGAAUCUACAGACCUCUAUUGAUGUGGCACACAGAAUCGGACCGAAAGAUGGGGGCAUGCACACACGGCGGAUUAUUGUGCAGUUUUUGUCACGCUCUAUUCGGGAUCGGAUUUGGUCAGACGCCAAAAACUCUGAAGUUCUUAAACAGAAAGGCAUCAAAAUAACAGAAGAUCUUACUCAGCGGGCGAGAGAGGCACGUAACAAGCUGUGGCCAUUGGUGAGUCAAGCAAGGAAAGAUGGAAAACGAGCUGGUUUUAAAGGAUCGUUUGCCGUUAUUGAUGGAAAGAAGAUUUCUGCGGACAAUAUGUGACUUGCAUUAUCAACUGUCGGUGCACGGUGGAUCUAAGCUUACCGGUUUCCCGGCUCGUUAAUGCACAAAAGCAAAAUUUUGGCGAUGUUGAUAUCCUUUUUGCUUUUAAAUGGCACUUUUACCUGAAAUUAUUAUUACUAUUGUUAAGGUUCUGUUACCCUACAACAUUUUGUUAAACAUGAAGGGUUAAAAUUUAAGAUUUUGCACUUUUCUCUUUGAGUUUAAUAUAGCAAUACUCUUCUGCCGCAGGGCAGUUUAUUCCAAGUGUUCUUUCAAUGUCUUUUAAUGUUUCUUGUUUUUCUCUUAAUGUUCGGGGGAUUCGCGAUCUUACUAAGCGCAAGGCUUUAUUUUUAUUUUGUAAAUCUAAAAAAAGAGAUGUUUAUUUUUUACAAGAAACUCAUUCUGCAGUUAAUGAUGAAUCAUUCUGGUCAACACAAUGGGGUGGAAAAGGUUUAUUUUCUCACGGUUCUUC